AAAAUGCAUUAAAUUAAGGUCCCAAAUAGUUCCAGUACAAAAAAGAAAGUAAAGGGACAAUAAAAGGUGAAAAAAUGUCCGAAAACCACAUAGAAGCGCGUGAACAAAACGGUCCAAUGAUGGGGAAGUGAGAGAGUGUAUGAACCAAUGUAACGCUUGGGUUCUCGUACGACGUGGGGGCUCUGCUUUCACCUUGUUCCUUUCAAAAAAUAAAAAAAAACCUCCGCUCCACGCGCAUAACUUUCCCUCAUCACUUGUCUGAAACUCUGAACUCUCUUCUUCUUCUUCUUCUCUCCGCUGUCUCUUUCUUCCAAAAUCUCUCAUCAGACACAUUUAACAAAAGAAAAAGCCAUCAGAAGGAAACUAGACAAAUGUCUUGUAGUACUACUCGCCGGUAUGAAGAAAUAAACCGUCUUCCGUCGAAUUUCCCCGGUUAAGAAAAAUGUCACACGUUUUUUACGAGGCAACAAUAUCUCCCGCUUAAACCCCUUUUUAAAGACACAGAAACAAGAAAACAAAACACAAACCUUCCUUUCCUCUCAAAAACCCACCUCGAAAGUUCCGUUUUUUUUUUUUCCCACUCCACAAUGUCGACGACGAACACUCCCACGACGGCUCCGGAGACUUCGAUCGACGUGUUAACAACCGACGAGUUAACAGCAAAAGCUUUAAACAAAAGAUACGAAGGUUUAAUGACGGUGAGAACGAAAGCAGUGAAAGGCAAAGGCGCGUGGUACUGGACUCAUCUCGAACCAAUCCUAAUACGCAGCACCGACACUAACCUCCCUAAAGCCGUGAAACUCCGCUGCUCCUUAUGCGACGCCGUUUUCUCCGCCUCUAACCCUUCUCGCACAGCCUCCGAGCAUCUCAAACGCGGCACGUGUCCUAACUUCACCUCCUCCUCCUCCUCUGCCGCCGCCGUCGUCGUCAGCCCUUCUCCUUCCUCUUCCUCUUCCUCUCCUUCUCAUCACAACCGGAAACGAAACUCCUCCGGCGGAGCCGUUCCUUCUCGUCUCAACCCUCCUCCUCAGCAGCAGCCUUCUUACCACGUGACGCCGAUAACCGUCGUGGAUCCUUCGAGAUUCUGCGUUGAGUACUCUGUUCCUCCUCCUCCUCCUCCGCCGCAGCAUUUGAUGCUCUCCGGCGGGAAAGACGAUUUGGGUCCUUUGGCUAUGCUUGAAGACAGUGUGAAGAAGCUCAAGAGUCCUAAACCGUCUCACACUCAGUCUCUCACGAGAUCGGAGAUAGAGACGGCUUUAAACUCUCUCUCCGAGUGGGUCUACGAAUCUUGCGGCUCUGUUUCUUUAACGGGUCUGGAGCAUCCGAAGUUUCGUGCUUUUUUGACCCAAGUCGGGUUACCGAUCAUCUCCAAGAGAGACUUCGCCACGACGAGGCUCGACGUGAAGUACGAGGAAGCUAAAGCAGAGUCUGAGUCAAGAAUCCGUGACGCUAUGUUCCUCCAAAUCUCAUCUGACGGCUGGGAUUCAUCAGGGGAAGGACUAGUGAAUCUGAUCGUGAAUUUACCAAACGGGACGAGUGUGUAUAGAAAGGCGGUUCCGGUGAACGGAGUUGUGCCGUCUAACUACGCGGAGGAGGUUUUGUUGGAGACUGUGAAGGGUAUUUGUGGAAAUUCACCUCAGAGGUGUGUUGGGAUAGUUUCUGAUAAGUUUAAGACCAAAGCUUUGAGGAGUCUUGAGAGACAGCAUCAGUGGAUGGUUAACUUGUCUUGUCAGUUCCAAGGGCUUAACAGUCUUAUCAAAGACUUUGUGAAAGAGCUGCCUUUGUUUAAAUCCGUGUCGCUAAACUGUGUGAGGUUAGCUAAGUUCAUCAACAACACGGCGCAGAUACGUAACGCACAUUGUAAGUAUCAGUUGCAAGAACACGGCGAAGCGAUAAUGCUUAGGUUGCCUUUACAUUGUAGUAGUAGUGAGUCAUUGUUUAAUCUACUUGAGGAUGUGUUGUGUUCCGCUAGAGCUAUUCAGAUGGUGAUGCAUGAUGAUGCUUGUAAAGCUGUUUUGAUAGAGGAUCAUGGGGCUAGGGAGGUUAGAGAGAUGGUUGGAGACCAAGGGUUUUGGAACGAGGUAGAGGCGGUUCACACUUUGAUCAAGCUUGUUAAAGAGAUGGCUCGGAGGAUAGAGGAAGAGAAGCUGCUUGUUGGGCAGUGUCUCCCUCUAUGGGACGAGGUAAGAGCUAAGAUUAAAGAUUGGGAUUCUAAGUUUAAUGUAGGGGAAGGACUUGUUGAGAAGAUUGUUGAGAGAAGAUUCAAUAAGUGUUAUCAUCCAGCUUGGGCUGCUGCUUUCAUAUUAGACCCUCUUUACUUGAUAAGAGAUAGCACCGGGAAGUAUCUUCCUCCCUUCAAGUGUUUGUCACCAGAGCAAGAGAAAGAUGUGGAUAAGUUGAUAACAAGACUUGUUUCUAGAGACGAGGCACACAUUGCGUUGAUGGAGCUUAUGAAAUGGAGAACGGAAGGGCUUGAUCCUAUGUAUGCAAGGGCAGUUCAGAUGAAAGAGCAUGACCCGGUCUCUGGUAAGAUGAAGAUAGUGAAUCCUCAAAGCAGUAGGCUUGUUUGGGAGACGUAUCUUAGUGAGUUUAGGUCACUAGGGAAAGUUGCUGUGAGGCUCAUAUUCCUCCAUGCAACUACUUGUGGGUUCAAAUGCAAUUCAUCUCUUUUGAAAUGGGUGAAUUCACAUGGACGGUCACAUACAGCUAUAGAUAGAGCUCAGAAGCUGAUCUUUAUAUCGGCUAAUUCGAAAUUCGAGAGAAGAGAUUUCUCUAAUGAGGAGGAUAGGGAUGCAGAGCUGCUUGCUAUGGCUAAUGGUGAUGAUAAUUUGCUUAAUGAUGUUCUUGUUGAUACAUCCUCUGUGUGAGUUUUGACAUUUUGUAGGAUUAUUUGGAUUCUUUUCUUUCAUUACUAUUACCCCUUAUUAUAUAUCAUUGAUAUUCAAUUUGUACUUGGUUCCUUUAGAAGUUGAGAAAGAGAUGGCAUAUCAUCCAUAUGUGAUUUGAGUAUUUGUAUUUCUUUUAGCCUAUAUAUAAUAACC